AUGUCCUAUCUAACUAAAAUCUGGAUGAAAGAACCAAGAGAGUAUAUUUUCAAGAUUGAUACUUGUGUUAUUGAAAAGAGUGUGCUCUUAAUUAAGCAACAUCUGCAGGAUGUUAACUACAAUUAUUUACAAGAAGUUAGAAGGAUUUCUCAAUUUGAAGAAUCAGAAAUGAAUCGAGAAGUAGAAUUUGAGUAUGUGUCUGACUCAGUUGAUGUUGAAAAUGAAAAACUUAGAAAAGAAAUGGCCUACAGGUUAUUCUACUUUCAUAAAUUUGUUGGUAAUCAACUGACAUUUGAGGAAACAAGAAGAUAUAAAACUUUCUUAAUUAGUGAUGGAACAGAUGUCACAGCAGCAAUCAAUGUUUUUAUGGGAUGGAUGAUCCAAAAGAUGGAUAAAGUAGAAACAAUCCGGUAUUUAGAUUCAUAUUGUGGAAAUAUAUUAAUCCUUUCAACAAUAUUUUCUUUUCCCUUCCCACUGAAUCAAGAUGAUACCCCAGAUCAACAAUUAAAGGAAAAACUAACUUCUUGGGAACCAUUUCAAGAAGAUUGGUCAAUGCAGUCAAUAUUCAAUGAGUAUGAUGAUCACAGUAGUGAAUUUUUAACUUUCUUUAAUGAAUAUCGACAACUUAAAGUUGAUUACAGUGAAGGCGAUUAUGAUGUACUAUUAGAUUCCACCUCAAUACUAAAGAGAAUUGUAGACCGUGCACUUAGUUUUCCUUGUGUUGUUUAUACCACUUCGGAUUCUAAACCGAAUUUUGCUGUAGUUUUUAGUAAUGCAAUUUUGUAUCCUGUCAUAAUGCUCUUGAAUCUUGAGUUCGGGCAUAUUUUUACUGAAUAUAAAGACAUAAUCCAAAACAUUUCGAGACCUGAUAUUUAUUUGAGUCGUCUUUUAAAUGGAGUAAAAUUUGCAAUUCCAUUAGAAUUUAAGUUCUCGGGAUUGAUGGAAACAUAUCUUGAGAAUGGUAUAGAGUUAGUUGAGCUUCUAAAUCAACUGAUUUAUCAAAUGCUUACCUUGAGCUCACAUAUAGGUUUUAUCUGUGAUAAAGAUUCUAUACUAGUAAUCAAACUAUCACCUGAAAUAAAUCCAACUAUGACUACUGACUCAUUGAUGCUGAUAAAAAUGGCAAAAGUAAACUGUGAAAUAAAUUGCUACAACUAUAAGAGUCUUGGAUUUAGUCCGUCCUUCUUGAUUUAUAGUUUAAUCAAAUCAUACUUCGAAGAAUCAAGCACAGACAAUUUACUACUUGUAAGAGGUAUAUUUGAAUCUAUGAAACUCAAAAAUGAUGAGAAAGAAGAAGUGAAAAAUGGGAAAUAUAAUUUCUUAGUUAAUGAAUGGAAAACUGGUUUCAGAGAGUACAAGUUGGAAGGUGAUUACUACGUGAGAGAUGAUAUAAGUAAAUUAAAAAUACCCACAAUAUUUAUAGAAAGAAUAUUUGAUGAAGAUAUUAAUUUUGAAGACACAAUCCACCAAUCAGAAUUUGAGAUAGUUGGUAUUAUUCAAGAAAGUUCAGAUGAAAGAAAGCAUAACUCAAAUGUUUACAGGGUAAAACGAUUGAAAGAUGAGAGUGUAAAUCCUUCUAUGAUUCUUAAAAUCUAUGAUCCUACAACUUCCACAUAUCUUAAAGGAUAUACCCAGGUUCUGACUUUCUGGAAUAGUAAUUUGUACUGUUUGGGAAUGUUUCUAAAUGAAUUAAGAGCUUACCGUAUGUUGGGGAGAAGAAAUAGUCGUGGAAUAUACAUGGAAAUACCACAUUCAGCUUCUGAUACUGAACCUCAAGAUGAGGAAAGUGCUGCUCCUUACAUCUAUUCAUAUGGCUUCUUAGAUUGGAUCCAUAAUGGAAAACGAUUGUGUGGUUAUUAUUUGCUUAUGGAAGAAGUACCAUGUAACUAUCCAGAUACUGAAGAAAUAUUUCAGAUAUUGGCAGAAAGUUCUCUUCUUCAAAUUCAUUCUAGGAAUAUUGAGCAUGGAGAUAUUAGACUUGAAAAUUUCAGAUACGAUGCUCUUAAAGGAAAGGUCAUAUUUUUCGAUUUUAGCUCAUCAAUAGUCGACAAAGAAGAACAUUCAUAUCUACCGACGUACCGCCGUAACUAA